AUGCCCAUGGCGGCGAUUCACGCUUACCAAAAUCUAGGCGUGAGCCAAAAACUUACGCAACUGCAGAAUUCUGCACCUAGACGUCUAGCGCCUGCUCCUGUUGAUGCGGCGCGCUGUAAGAAAAGAUCUUAUCUUAAUCAACCUUAUCCGACACAACCUGCAUCCGUGGCUCGAAGAAAUGCAAGGGAAAGGAAUAGAGUGAAACAAGUUAACAAUGGAUUUGCGGCCCUUCGUCAACAUAUUCCUUCUGCGGUAACGGCGGCCUUGGCAGGUGGUAGGGGUUCUUCGCGAAAACUUAGCAAAGUUGACACUUUAAGGCUUGCUGUUGAAUAUAUAAAAAGCUUGAAACGUUUACUGGAAGAAAGUGAGGAAGGAUGUUCCGAAACACAAAUGAACAUAAGUUUGAACACAAGUGGACCUCAGACACCGCCCUCAUCAGAAGAAUCCCAUUCACCUGCACCUUCAUUAAUAUCAGAAAGUUCAGCGGGGCCUAAUUGUCAUGAUGCUUAUGAUUCCUAUGAACCUAUGAGCCCAGAAGAUGAAGAGUUACUUGAUGUUAUUUCAUGGUGGCAGCAGCAA